UGAAGGCAGUGUGCGCUGCUUACCGUUCAGAUACACACGUAAACAAACACGAAUAUAAGCAACAGGCUAUCAUACAUUCAUACACGACCGGUAAAUUAUCCUCUAGUGCAUCGGAAUGUUACGUAAUGUUGGUAUAUGUCUACCGUCACAACAAAACGGGUCGGCGUUGUAACAUGCAAUGUGAUCAUUCACUACGGAUGGAUUUUCCAUAAGCCAUUUUAUUUGGUGCACAGUCGAUGUUGCAGUGAUAUUGUAAAAACCAUAUUAUACAGACAGAAUGGCCACCGACGUACAGCGUGUUGUUCCGUAUCUCCUACUUUGUCUGUUGGUACAUUAUGUCACAGCACCGCCACCUCUCCUCGUGGAACUGCGUGCACGGAAAGAGGAAGCCUUUAAAGAGAAAUCGACCACACGACCAGAUAUAUACUCAAACCAGUUCUCUGUUGAGACAGAAUCUUCGGUUAAGCGAUAUUCAAAUCUUGACCAAUUCGAUGUGAAAGACGAACUUAAAUUUUCGGACGACUUUCUAGAGGAUAGUCUUUAUUUGGAUCCUAAACAGGAUGGACAGAAGGACGUUGAACACGACGAUUUCGAUAAAACACCGAAGGAAACUGGUCGAUAUUUGGAAAAUGAAUUGCCUGAGACAGGAACAACACGAUCCGUUUCUGAUGGUUUAUUACUUGAAAAGGAUCCCAUUGACCUAGAUAACCUGGAGGAAGGGGUAUACGUGGUGGGUGAGUUCGAACCCCUUUCCCUGCCAACGAACUUUAGUCAGUAUGAUCUAGAUGGUGACGGGUACAUUAAUCUGGAGGAGCUAAAGGCAGCCACACAGGCUCAGGAAAACGCAGCGUUGGCUUUGCACGCCUCGGACGUAGACGGUGAUGGUCUCCUUUCACGCGUAGAAUUUUCCGUAGCACCCUGGGUAGUUGGCGAUGAUCAAAUCGAAAAGGACAGUGUAUACAAGACAGAUGAAAUGGACGAUACAUACGAUGACAGAUACAACGACCACCCCCACAAUAGGGAGGAGAUGGGCGAGGAUGAGCGCCGCGAUAUGUACUCGGAUAACACGUAGUUAGCAUCCGUUUAUGUAUUGUCUAGGAAGUUUCGUUUAACAAACUAUUCGCCCACCGUUUGUCCAUGUGUUUGCCCACCGUUUGUCCAUGUGUUUGCCCACCGUUAAAAGCUGAACUGUAGAGUGGAUACAAGAACCAAAACAGACUCAAGUGCAAAAGCUUCUUGAUGCAGUUACGAGCAUCAUAAACAGACUAGUUGAUAACUAUUGGUUGCACAUCCUAUGGCCUAAGCUAACAAUAAUAUGAUUCAAAUUAAUCAGAUUAAUUAAAUGACAGCCUAGGGUUACAUCUAGUAAAUGUGAUCAAGUUAGUGAUCAAGAGAACACUAGGUAUGUUUAGCUUACAGGUGAUUUUGUAAUCCUGAAAUAAUACAAUGGUAGAUAAUACUAAUGAUAUUAAAAGUAUCUUUUCAUCUGGGAUUAGGCAAGUCGAAUGCCUAUGUGUAGCCAAUCUAGCUUUCAAAAGUUAAAAUAAUCUCAAAGUUAAAUAUCACAGACUGUUCAAAAGGUCAUGCAUUGCAGCAAGAUAUUUUUUUAAAGAAGUAAUCACUUACAUUUCUUUCGAUCGCAAAUAUAGAUAUUUCUCAAAAUCAUCAUUAACAUAUAUCUAGCUAAGUAUCACUUACAAAAGUGAUUGCAUAAUGUUGUCGAAUAUCGACGUCUGGUGUAAUGCAUAACAUAUGGAUUUCCGUGCAAGUUUCAUCAAAGAAUAUGAAUGUUAAUUCUAGUCCAUGUAUGUUAAUAUAUAGUUUCAGAUUCAUAUAAAAGCGAUAAAAGCAAUUUAAUCACACAAAAGCAACAUAAGAUAUAUACGAGGAAAAUGCCUCGACUAAAACACCGUUCAAAAGUGUUAUGAUUGUCUGAUGAGCUGAUAUCUUUUUGAGAAGAAAAUCUCGAUAACAAAUGCAUUUAACAAUAACAAUGACAACAGAAACGAGACAGUUAUGUACACAGAAAGCGUUCUUGUCCAUUAUUCGAAUUUAAAACACAGAUUAACUCAGAGAUGUAACAUAUCAACAAAUUCCAUUGGCAACAAUGGUGAGGAGGACGGUAUUCCAUCAGGGUUGCGACAGGGGUGGCCGAGGUUCUGCAAGUAAACAAAAUGGAACGUGAGUCGGACAAGCACAGUAAAACGUAAAGGAAAAUAUAUAAGAAUUAAUGGAACUUCAUUCUGAUGUUUGAUAUCUAUGUCAAAUGUAUAUAAGAAGAUAAAGACUGCAUAAAUUUUAAGCAGCGCCGAUAUGCACAGAAGCAUCUAUACUAGUUUCAAUAAUACAGGUAAUGACGGUACAACAUUUCAGAGCUUCAGAUAUCUAUUGCAAAUUUUUCGAUACAGAAAUAAGAGGAAAAACAAUCUGUACAUUAGUUAAUUAUGGUAUCUAUGCUUCAAUUCAACGAAUUUAUUGUUGAAAUAAAAUAAAACUGUUAUUAUAGCAAACGUUAGGCGUUUUUCUAGCAAAAUUACUCUUGAUCCUAAACUGUUUGAAGGAUCUUUAAUGAGUUCGGUACUUUGUCCUUUACGAAAACGACACGUCAACAUAUGACAGGAUAAUUGAGAUAUGGAUUUCCGUAUAUGUCCAACUUCAAUCCCGUGUUGUUGAUGUUUACACGUGUAAAUGUAUAUCUCUCCAGAAUCAUAGAAUGGCAACAUAUCCUUAAACGACCUUCAAUAUGUUUAAAUUUGCCAAGCCUAAAUAAAUGUUCAUUAAAUCAUUAAUAUCCAACAUUUGUCAGUGUUAAAACGUACCUUCCAGAAAACUGCACGACAGCGGUUACAGAAGCAUAGUUCAUUGGCAUAGACCACUCGAAGGCGUUUAUGGCUUCUGUAAAGCAAAAUAGUUUUUAAUAAUAUACAUACAAACGUAAUUGAAAACAAAUGUCAUUUAUACAGAAUGUCAGAGCUAUGAUUAACAUACAUUCACAAAAUUGAAAUGGAAUAGUAAGGCAGAGUUGUCGCCCUUCGACCACUUCUUCAAGACAGUUAUACACCCUUAGUAAGUCAAGGUUUUUUUGCUGAAUUUACUGCUUCAAACGUUUCCAACAAAGAAAUUAACUAUAUAAAUGUUAGAAAACUGCAGGUGAAGAUUACUUCGAACAGUGUUAGAUACACAUACACUGAACAUAAAACACUGACGAAAGAAACGCUUAUAUAAUUUCCUUUUCAAUAAAUGAUGUGUUGUUCAA